AUGCAUUCAUCUCUAACAGAAUCAGUUCUGGAGACCAACGCCCUUGGCAGACCCUUCUAUCUGGGUACACUCUAUGAUGCCCGGAAUGACCGAUUAAUACCAGGAAUCAGCUGGAAGAAGGAGGACAUAGAGAGCAAAACACGUGUCCGUCCACAGCCCUUCACAAGACUUCAGGUGGCAGCAUCUGAGUCCCGUAGUGCAAAGACCAGUCUGUUGGAUGUGAGCGCCUCAUUGAAGGCCAGCUUCUUCUGUGGGCUGGUGGAGGUGGGAGGUUCUGCCCAUUAUCUCAACGAGAAGACCUCCUCCAGUCGUCAGUGCAGUGUCACCCUGAGCUACCAGGAUACCACUGAGUUUAAAGAGCUCAUGAUAUCAGAACUAAAGACUCUAUAUCCUGAGGUCUCUAAAAAGACAGAUGCCACACAUGUUGUGAGUGGGGUGCUCUUUGGGGCUAAUGCACACAUGGAAUUCCAAGAAAUGGCCAGCGAUGAUUCAAAUAAGCAAAACAUCCAGGGAAACCUACAUGUGAUGAUCAAAAAGAUCCCAUCAAUUGAGAUCAGUGGGGAUGGAAGCCUAAACAUGGAUGAAGAUGACAAGAAGAAUGUGCAGAACUUCAGCUGCAAGUUAUAUGGUGACAUUUUACUGAAAAAGCUCCCUUCUACAUACGAGGAGGCUGUGACGGUGUACAAAAAUCUGCCCAGUAUGUGGGAUAAAGGAGAGAAGGGUGUGCCUGUGAAGGUCUGGUUGUAUCCACUGAGCAAGCUUACUAACACUGAGUCCAAGCUGAAGAGAUUGAUCUCAGAGACACUGGUGUCAGCAGUGGAGGAGGCGAUGGAUGAAUUCCACCAGGCAGAGAAGAGAACCAACGACCUGCUGAGGAGUAGCACAGAGAUCAAGGCUGUAGACAUCGUCCACCAACUGGAGACAUUCCAAAGCAGUCUGAGGGUUUUCACCACUGAGUUCCUAUCGAAAAUGACAUACCUGAUCCCAGCCAUCAGAGGAGGUGACCUGGAUGAAACGGCCCUGAGAGACCUCCUGAAGUCCCAGGAUGCAUCUGGCUUCAGUGGGAAAGAAAUGGAGCAGUGGCUGGAUGGAAAGGAGACUGAGAUCAACGUGGUCACAAUGAACAUAAACAAACUACCAAAUAACAAGAUUAAACCUCCAGGCCCUGAGCUUGACUCUUUCCUCAUGGACCCAGAUGUAACAGAUGCUGUUGUGUUCAGCUUCACCUCUCUGAGUAAUGAGGAGCCGUACCUGAAAAAAAUUUCAAAGGCAGUUGAGAACUUCAAGAGUGGUUACAACAUCAGCACACCUGAGCAAGACCGGAGAGAGGAGGUUCCCUGGUACAAGAGACCAGAUGUCUGGGACACCCUGCACCUCUCACGCAGUGUCUUUAACGAUGUACCCUUGCAGAACAAAGUGAUCAGUUUCAUUUCAGACCCAGCGCACCCAGGAGCUUCAGUCCGCAGUUAUCACAAAGGAUCUCUGAAGGAUGAAAAUUUGGCAAAGCCACAACUAUGUAAGUUUUAG